CUUGCAAACAGGAAGCAAGUAAAAGGAAAUAACAAUUUAGCAACUUUCUUUUCUAAAAUGAUUCAGACUUCACGAUGAGUAGAUUGUACGACAAUACUCCACUGACAAAUUUACCUCAAAUUAAUACAACGUGGCCUGAGAGUUGGAAUACAAAGAAAUGGACUAAAGAUGGAUCCGGAGUAUUGGUUGAAGCAUGUAUAAAAGCAAAGUCCAGAAUAGCAGUUACAGAUAAUUCAAACAAAAAGGCGAGUACGAGACUAUUGUUUGUAAAAUAUUACAUACUACAUGUGGAAACAGGGCGUGCACAUAAACGUAAAUUUGAUGCAAAUGGAAAGGAAAUAGAACCUAAUUUUAGUGAAACGACGAAAGUAUUAACCGGGUAUCUCAAUUCUUCCUACAAGACAGAAGCCAAAGGUCAAACAGAUAAAUUAUCACAAACUGAAAUUGUUAAUAUGAUAGAGAAAUCAGAAUUGAAGAAAAUAUCAGAUAAAUCAGCACAAACCAACACAAUAUCUUUCUGGAUUGAAGAAUCAGAAUUACAAAAAAUGGAAUUAGAAUCUGGGGAUGUUGUCCGGAUGAAAACUAAAGGCAAUAGUCCAUUUAUAUAUACAAUAGGUAAAGUUGAAGGAGACUCCUGUAAGGUUUCAAAUUUCGCUGGUGGUGAUCAAGUUGGAGCUUCAUGGACAGAAAAGAUACGGUCUAUUCAACCACCAUCUACAGUCAAGUCAAAUGCCGAUGAGAUAGGAGACGAUGAAUGGGAUGAUUAGUUCAGUCUGGUGUUAUAUAUAUAGGCCUAUUUACACACACAUACACACGUGGUCUUCUAAUUUAAUUGUCAAACGGUAGAUGUUGAUGAAACAAAGCAGAGCUAUAAGCACGAAUUCAAGACAUAAUCAUCAUCACCCGUAAUGUUUACAUAAAAUAAUUUGUAUAAAUUUGUCAUGAAUUCAGGGUGAGGGUUUUAUGUCUUUUGAUUGGUAGCUUGAAAAAUGGCCUCUGAAAAUAGACAGUUCUAUCCCAUCAUUUUUCCAUUAGUAAAGUUACCACAGUAAUUGUAUUGGAGCUCAAAUUCAUGCAGCCUAAGGUGAAAUAAUGCUCCUUCCUGAACCUGAAAAGUAUGCGGCCCAUUAGGAUGUUAUAGAUAAAUAUCAAAUGCACCUAUCAAGGGACGCCUGUCACUCGGAAGAAGAAAAAAACGAAAUGAAAUUAGUUAUAGGUGUCAAGUUAGUCAUAUAUAUGGCAAAUGCCGAGCUGAACAAAUUUAACAUUUAAAGGGAAGUAACCUGUGCAAAAAUAUUUGUAUAUCAAAAUGAA